UUCUCCUAAAGAUCAUAGCUCUGUAGGCUUUUGAUCUGUACUUACGCGAGGGGGAGCAGAGUCGAAUUAGCAAAAAAUAAAACAACAAACGUGAGCCCGGUGUAAGGUGGCAAUUUAGCGAGAGAACGCAACAAACAACCGAAAGUGAACGUGAAGAACUACACGAUUUCCCAUUCCAGAUUAUUUAGCUGUUUUUUUUUUGUUUUUUUCGUUGUGUGCUAUUUUCAUCCGGGCUUUGCAGAUCAAACACCGGAUACAGAUUUAUGGUCGCCAUUUGUAACGCACAGAGAGGGAAAGCGAAUGGAGAGGGACCGGGUAAUCUGAUUCCAUAACAAAAACGAACCCGACCCGAAGAGGAAAGUAGGAUCCUUUUCAAAUUAAAACAACUGCGGAAAUUCCCCUCUGUGCGGACCGAGGAAGUGAAAAUGAAAUUAGGAUCUUGUUUAGCUGUCACUUUAGUGGCCACCUUCUGCUCAACCAUCUACGGACAGUACACUGGCUGUGAUUACUAUCAGCAAGUCGCCACGGGACAAUCGUAUGCCAUCUACUCACCCAAUUAUGGAAAUCUGUAUCCAGCAAACACGCACUGCCGUUGGACGUUAUCCACAACGCCGGGUUCAAGAAUUGCUUUAUCAUGUCCCGAUGUCUACAUACCACAGAGCACGUCGUGUUACUACGAUAAACUGUUGAUCUCGGCAGGCGGAAAGUUGGAUCUUUCGGACGCGAAAGCCUACUGUGGAACCGGAACGGUGACUGCCGAAUCCACAGGAAGUUCGAUGAUCGUUACACUGGAGGUGGGUUCUGCAACCUACGGUGGAAGAUUCUACUGCACUGCUAAGAAAAUUGACUGUAAAUGUGGCAUGAAACGGAAGCAAAAAAUUGUUGGAGGUACCGAAACCUUAGUCAACGAAUUUCCAAUGAUGGCUGGGCUAGUUACGGUUAGUGGGCAUGAGGUUUUCUGUGGUGCAACAAUAAUUACCAACUAUCAUGCUGUAACGGCUGCCCACUGCCCGUUCGGCUUCAGCAUCUCAAACCUAGCUCUGCUGGUAGGGGACCACAAUAUCACCUCCGGUACGGACACAACGUACGCAGCGCUGCACCGCGUAGCUUCAAUAAAAAUCCACGAAUCGUACAACAUGACAACCAAGCUGAAUGAUAUCGCAAUCGUCCGCACGAUGACGGAAAUAGUCUUCACGGCUGGGGUUGGUCCAGUUUGUCUACCCUUCAAAUACUACGGAGCGACUUUCGUGGGCAUGGAACUGGAAGCCGUCGGUUGGGGUACCACUGAUUUUGGUGAGGCCAAGUCGAAUGUUUUGCUGAAGGUCAGCCUACCGGUGAUUGAUCCAAGCAAAUGUUAUCAGACAUAUGCAAACUACGCCCCUACACAGAUUUGUACUUUGGCAGCGGGGAAGGACACGUGCCAGAAUGACUCAGGCGGCCCGCUGUUUUAUACCGACUUCUACAAUGGGCUCGUUUAUCUCAUUGGAACUGUCAGCUACGGGAUUGCUUGUGCCACUGAUGAUCCGAGUGUCAGCACCAGGGUCACAGAAUAUAUGAGCUGGAUCAUGCAAAACACUCCUGAAUGGAACUAUUGUUAUCAGUGAAAUGAAAAGAAACAAAACUGCAGCAUUUUGUUUAAACUUGAUGUUAACCAUAUGCAUUAGAAUUUUAAUAAACAC